AUGCAGGUGUUCCUUCAAGUCCGUUACCGCAGCGUAGUAACUCGGUGCGCCGGAACAAUUAUUACCGCAAGGCACAUCCUGACAGCGGGCCACUGCACAAUAUGGACUAACAACCAGAAGGCUACGAGCAUCGUGAUGCUGUACGGUGCGUCCAAGUUCUCCACGGGCACCAAGGUGGUGAUCAAUCGCUUCUACCGACACGAGGAGUUCGACUUUCAAACCUUCAAAAACGACCUGGCUGUUUUGUUGCUGGAUGCACCGCUCAAGCUGGGCCCCAAGACUCGCACCAUCUGCCUACCCAAAUCACCCCAGGACCUCGUCGGAAAGACCGUGGUCGUCGCCGGCUGGGGAGUCACCUCAGAGAAUGGCACCGGUUCCCCUGUGCUACGGUACACAACCCAGGUGGUGUGGAACUUGCAGCAAUGUGUAAAGGGCCUCGGAGGAAUAGGAUUCUUCUCACCGCAGCAAAUCUGUGCCUACAAGAGGGGCUCAGACGCGUGCCAGGGGGACUCGGGUGCACCGCUGAUGUUCAAGAACGGCAACACCUAUGAGAUUGUGGGCCUAGUGUCUUUCGGAGACGGUUGCAACCUCGAGGGCGUGCCGGGAGUCUACACAAACAUCGCGGAGUACACCACCUGGAUACGCAACGCCGUCCAGUCGACCGACAAAUACGAGAACACAUUCACAUGAGAGAAUAAAGGA